UUCCAGUGAGUCCACAGAUUCCUGCCACAGUUUCACGCCUCCCCACAGGGAAGCGGUGUAAAUACUGUGUUGCCUGGUUGGAGAGAAAUCCUCCUUUGCAGCAGCAGACUGUGGAGCGCUGUGCUGUAGCCCUGGCGUGCAGGCAGGAUUAUUUGAAGGAUAGAAGGACCCGGAUCUGGACACCUUGAGGAUCACAAGUAUCAGCUGGAACGGAUCUGAAAGCAAGGUAGUGCUGAGGAAUAAAUGACUGACGAAGAUGAGAAAAGGGCGUCUAUUCUUUGUGUUCAUGCAUCGCUGGAUGGGUGACAAUUUGUGAUGAUUGUUCGUCAGGUGUCAGAUGAUCUUCGCUCCUCUUCCUGGAAACCAUCGCGGUGGAUUUAUGCAACAAAAGGAGAGAAAAGCACAGACGCUUCCUUCUUCCACCUUCAGAGGAUUGACGGCUGGCCUGACAUCAUUGGCUGCUCGUUGGGAAUGAAUCAUCGCCUUCAUCAGGGGGGGUCAGGGAUGCUGUCACUGUCACUGCACCCUUAAAAUACCACAGGCAAACCCACACGUACACAAACCCACCCAGACCCUAGUGCGUGUCCGCGCUCUGAGAUUAUAAAGCCGCUUGUUUUCUGGAGGCAGCAUGGAGGAAAUCCUGCGAAAGCUGCAGAAAGACGCGUCCGGCCACAAGCACAAAGCUAUCCGCGAUGCCUGCGUCUACGCCUGCGAAACCCUGGAGUGUCAGAAUGGAUCAGCCAAGAUUUCCCCGUCACAGCUUCGAGAGCGCUGUCUGCUGCCGCUACAGAUGGCUCUGGAGUCAAAAAACACCAAACUGGGACAGACGGCGCUUACUGGGAUGCAGAAGCUCCUGUGUGAGGACAGGUUUGUGGGUGGUGUUGGCGUCGAGGUGGAGGUCCUGGAGAAGCAGCUGCUCAGCCAGAUGUUGGAGGCCAUCAGAGUCACCCCAACCCUCCACGAAGACCUGCAGGUGGAAGUCAUGAAGGUCCUGCUGUGUAUCACCUACUCACCAAACUUUGACAUCAACGGAGACUCCAUCCUCCGCAUUGCUGAGGUGUGUAUCGAGACCUACAUGUCCAGCUGUCACCAGCGCAGCAUCAACACGGCGGUCCGAGCCACGCUCAGCCAGAUACUGGGAGACCUGACGCUGCAGCUACGACACAGACAAGAGGGUGCAGAUGGAGACGAGGUGACUGCGCCGCCACUCCACAGAAGAGAUAUUUCCCCAACCAGCCAGGCUCUGUGUGAGGAUGUGGUGACGGUCCUGACAGUUUUCUGUGAAAAACUGGAGUCGGUGGACAGUGAUAACCAGCUCCUGCAGCUCCUCUACCUGGAGUGCAUCCUCUCCAUGCUCAGCAGCUGUCCUCCCACAAUGCACCUGUCCAGGGGUUUCACCGACCUUGUAUGGAAGCAGCUGUGUCCGUCCCUCGUUGCGAUCAUGGGGAAUCCUGUCAACGACAAAACGAUUGCUUCCCACCACGGCUACAUGGGGGCGCCAGACCGCCUUUCGGAAAGACUCAAUUUAGGGAUCGGUCAGGAGGUGGACUCCUUCGGUGGAGGAAUAUCCGAUCAAGGCAGAGGGUCCGGCUGUUCCUCCAGCGCCCCCGCCAGGAUUGCGCCAGUUGUGCGGACUGUGUGUUACAUUGCAGCGGAGCUUGUGCGUCUGGUGAGCUGCGUGGAGUCGAUGAAACCGGUGCUGCAGUCGCUCUACCACAGGAUCCUGCUGUACCCGCCUCCUCAGCACCGCACCGAGGCCAUUCGCAUCAUGAAGGAGAUUCUGGGCAGUCCCCAGCGGCUGUACGACCUGGCCGGUCCCUGCAUGGCUGAGCCUGAAACCAGGAAGCGCUCCUUCUCAAAGAGGAAGUCCCACCUGGACCUGCUGAAACUAGUGAUGGAUGGGAUGACAGAGGCUUGUAUGAAGGGAGGCAUCGAGGCGUGUUACUCUUCAGUCUCCUGUGCCUGUGCUCUCCUCGGGGCACUGGAUGAACUGUCGCAGGGCCGUGGCAUCCAAUCUGAGCAGGCUCGCCUCCUCCUCAGACGACUGGAGGAUCUCAAAGACGGAACAGAGUCGACCCGUGAGUCCAUGGAGAUUAACGAGGCUGACUUCAGAUGGCAGAGACACAUCCUCUCCUCUGAGCAGGCUCCCUGGGACCCCAGCUCUUCCUCCUCCAAUGCAGGCACAACCGGGGCCACCGAGCGGAGCCCUGACAUCAGCAUCAGCAUCACCACUGAAACGGGCCAAACCACUGUGGAUCUGGAGGCGGGGGAGUUCAGCGCGGGUCUGGGUCACACCACUCCCGAAGAGUGUGGAGAGGAAGCACGCAUCCCCUCGCCCUCGUCCUGUGGCAUCCAGGAGGUGACUAAACAUGAGCCGAGCAUGGAGUCGAACCAGGGGAGCCAACAGCAGGAGGUAGGAGUUGCGAGGGAGGUCGAGGGAAGAGGAGAGAAGGAAAGAGCAGGAGGGGGUGAGAGAGGAGCUGUGGUUCCUCCAGAUGUGGUGCAGCGAAGUCACGGCCUCGUCUACCCCGACAUCACUAACUUCCUGUCUGUGGAGUCCAGGACCAGGACGCACCAUGGGGGAGGGUCACGAUACAGCGAGAGCAACUUCAGUAUGGAGGAACAGGACUUGUCCCGGACAGAGUUUGACUCUUGUGACCAGUAUUCCAUGGCUGCCGAGAAGGACUCCGGGCGGUCCGACGUGUCUGACAUCGGCUCUGACAACGUCUCACUGGCUGACGAGGAGCAGCAGACACCUCGUGACUGCCUGGGCCACCGCUCCCUGCGCACCGCCGCCCUGUCCCUCAAACUGCUCCGCAACCAGGAGGCCGACCAGCAGAGUGCCAGGUUGUUCGUCCAGUCACUUGCAGCACUGCUGCCCCGGCUGCUGGGAUUGGCUACCACCACGGAGGUAGACCUGUCGCUACAGAACUUCUCCUCCACCUUCUGCUCCGGACUGCAGGCUGGUGGAAUCCACUCUCCAGGUUUUGAGGCAGGCGACACUCUGAGCUGUCAGUCUUUGAUGAACGCUGACGGUCUCUACCUGGUGUCGUACUACGCUCUUCUACUCAAUCUCAAACUCUGCUGCUGCGAAUACUACAGGCGGCGAACGCUCACGCCUGUCCUCAGCCUGAAGGAGUUUGUGCGUCUGAUCCAGAGCAGCGGAGUCCUCGUGGUUCUGUCUCAGGCCUGGAUCGAGGAGCUCUACCACCAGGUGUUAGAGCGCAACCUGCUGGGCGAGGCCGGGUACUGGGGCUCACCGGAAGACCACACACUGCCGCUCAUUACCAUGCUGACAGAUAUUGACGGUCUGGGCAGCAGUGCGAUUGGUGGUCAGCUGAUCAGGAGGGCAACCAGCCAAUCACCAAUCAGCUGUGACAAGGCUGGCAGUGACACUGUGAUGGCAGGAGCUGUAUUCUCCCGCUUCAUCCUUACCGGCGUGUGGAAAAACCUGAUCGAUGUGCUGUCCACGCCACUGACUGGGCGCAUGGCGGGGAGCUCCAAGGGCCUGGCCUUCAUCCUGGGAGCUGAGGGAGUCAAAGAGCAGAGCCAGAGGGAGAGAGACACCAUCUGUCUGAGCUUGGACGGCCUACGCAAAGCUGCCGCACUCAGCUGCGCCUUGGGUGUGGCUGCCAACUGUGCCUCAGCAUUAGCCCAGAUGGCUGCGGCCUCGUGUGUGCAGGAAGAGAAGGAGGAGAAGGAGGUGGGAGAGAUGGGAGACGCCAUCACGCAAGUGAAGCAGCGUGUCGAGCAGCGUCUGGAGCAGAUCGGCCGUCCUCAGGGAGUUCGCCUCCACACGGCUCAUGUGCUGUGCAUGGACGCCAUCCUGAACGUAGGUCUGGAGAUGGGCAGCCACAACCACGACUGCUGGCCUCAUGUCUUCAGGGUGACCGAGUACAUCAGUUCACUGGAGCACACCCACUUCAGCGAUGGCUCCUCACAGUCGUCCUCUCUGACCACCAUCACCCAGCAGAGCCAGCAGCCAGUUGGCGUGGACCUGGGGCUGGAGCUGAGCUGUGAGCCCAGCCCGGAGGCCUCGGAGCUGGGCCUGAGCCAGCCGGUCAUCCAGCCUCUGUCCAUCCAGGAGCUGCUGAGGGAGAGCAGCAGAGGCCGCGGUCUGGACCUGAAGAGUGGCAGCCUGAUGACUGGGACCAGUGCUGCCAAGGCUGUGUGUACGCUGUCAACACAGGCUGACAGGUUGUUUGAAGAAGCAGCUACGAAGCUGAACCUGGUCGGUCUGGUCGGCUUCCUGCAGCAGCUCAGGAAAGCUUCUCAGUCUCAGCUGUUUGACUCUGUUACUGAGACUGGAGACUAUUCACUGGCAAUGCCAGGAGAAGCCAAGUCAACGCUGGAACGACGCAGUGCUCUCCAUCUCUUCCGUCUUGGCGAGGGCAUGCUGAGGAUCGUCAGGAACAAGAACCGACCUCUGCUCCACAUGAUGAGGGCCUGGAGCGUGGUGGCCCCACAUCUGGUGGAGGCGGCAUGUCACAAAGAGCGCCAUGUAUCCCAGAAGGCCGUUUCCUUCAUCCAUGAUGUUCUGACGGAGGUGCUGACGACCUGGGCGGAGCUUCCACACUUCCACUUUAAUGAGGCACUGUUCAGGCCCUUUGAGCACAUCAUGCAGCUGGAGCUGUGUGACGAGGACGUACAGGACCAGGUUAUCACAUCAAUAGGCGAGCUGGUGGAGAUGUGCUCUCCUCAGAUCCUGUCAGGAUGGAGGCCUCUGUUCAGCGCUCUGAGGACCGUCCACAGCAGCAAGACUGACACCAAAGACUACCUGCUGGGAGAGUACUCCAUGGGGAAGUCCCAGGCUCCAGUGUUCGAUGUCUUUGAGGCCUUUAUCAACACUGACAACAUCCAAGUUUUUGCAAAUGCUGCCACCGACUACAUCAUGUGUCUCAUGAAGUUCGUCAAAGGACUAGGGGAGGUGGACUAUAAGGAGAUUGGAGACUGUGUCAAUGCGUCAGGUUACAGCUCCACUGACCUCUGCCUGCCUGCUCUUGACUAUCUCCGCAAAUGUUCGCAGCUGUUGGCAAAGAUCUACAAGAUGCAGUCCAAGCCGGUGUUCCUGGGGGCGCGACUCGCCAGCCUGCCAAUGAGAUCCCAGGAACGCUCAAUCAGCACUGAGGAUGGGAUGGACUGUGUCCUGCAGGAGUUUGACGAUGACACAGGUCUGAUCCAGGUGUGGAUUUUGUUGCUGGAGCAGCUCACAGCAGCCGUGUCAAACUGUCCUCGCCAACACCAACCUCCGACGCUGGAGCUGCUCUUCACUCUGCUCAGAGAGGUCACCACCGUGCCAGGUCCAGGGUUCGCCAUCUUUUCCGUCAUCCAGCUACUGCUUCCUGUGAUGUCACUGUGGCUGCAGCGUAGCCACGGCGACCACUCCUACUGGGAUGUGGCAGCUGCAAAUUUCAAACAUGCCAUUGGUCUGUGCUGCGAGCUGGUAGUGGAGCACGUCAACAGUUUCAUACACUCAGAUAUUGGAUACGAGUCUCUGAUCAACCUGAUGUUGAAGGAUCUGUUCAAGCUUCUGGUGGCUUGUGUGUCUGAGCCUGCAGAGACCAUCUCCAGAGUGGGCUGCUCCUGCAUCAGGUAUAUUUUGGUCACAGUGGGUCCAGUGUUCACAGAGGAAAUGUGGCGGUUGGCCUGCUGUGCUCUGCAGGAUGCUUUUUCUGCUACAUUAGAGCCUGUCAAGAACCUCCUCGCAUGUUUUCAUAGCGGUUCGGACAGUUUCUCUGGGGAUGCCUGUGAGGUGAAGGUGGCAGCUCCGUCUCACUCUCCUUCAGCCGAGGCCGAGUAUUGGAGGAUCAAGGCAAUGGCUCAGCAGGUCUUUAUGUUGGACACCCAGUGCUCUCCAAAGACGCCCAACAACAAGGAGGGCUUUGAGCACGCUCAGUCCUGCGUUCUCAUCAUCGAGCUGCCGUCUGACCAACAAUCCAACGGACACACUCAGAAGAGGAUCCCGUUCCGGACCAUCGUGGUGAGCUUGCUGUCCCACCAGGUCCUGCUCCAGAACCUCUAUGACAUCCUGCUGGAGGAGUUCGUCAAGCAGCCCGAAGGAAACGAAAGGGUCACACCUGUGACCUCUGACCCCAGCCGGGCCACAGCAGGCUUCCUGCGCUACAUCUCCAUGACUAAUUUAGCCAUAAUUCUGGAUCUGCUGCUGGAUUCCUACAGGACGGCACGGGACUUUGACACUCGGCCAGGUCUGAAGUACCUGCUGAUGAAGGUGUCGGGUGUUUGUGGAGCGGCUAAUCUUUACCGUCAGUCUGCCAUGAGCUUCAAUCUGUACUUCCAGGCCCUGCUGUGUGCCACGCUGAGCCAAGCUGACAGCAUGACUGCACAGCAGGUGUCACGAAGUUCAUACCAGGUGAAGAGGAUGCUGUACGAGGAAGAGGAGGGGAGCUCUGACUCUUCUCACCCUGGCUCUGCUUCUUCAGAGGAUGAAGACAUCUUUGAAGAGACAGCACAGGUCAGUCCCCCUCGCGGACGGGAUAAACGUCAUCACUGGCGAGCUCCGAUCCCGUCUCUCAGCGUGCAGCCGCUGAGCAGCGCAGACUGGGCCUGGCUGGUCAAACGCCUGUACAAGCUGUGCAUGGAUCUGUGCAACAGCUACAUUCAAAUGCACCGCGACCUGGAGAGCACUCUGGAGGAGACGGCGCUGCUGAGAGGAAUAGGGGGAGGACCAGGAGGAGAUCACGUCUUUUUCCUGCCUCUCUUCCAGUCGGAGACGUCCACCCCGACGUCAGCAGGCGGGCUGUCGGCGAGGGGGACGCCAUCAGAGGAAGGCGGGUACAGGUGUCAGGCCGCGGACAGCGCAGCAUCGCCAGGAGACACACCCACACCCAGCCCAGGAUUCAGCUGCACAGGCAGUCUGCCCCACCACUUUCGCACCGGUGGCGAGAGGAGGGACUCCAGCCUCACAGCAAGCUCAGUCGGAGGAGCUUCUGUCAGCGCUGGACCGGGAAGGAGAAAGGAAUGGUGGGAAAGUGCCGGGAACAAACUGUACACGAUCGCCACGGACAAAACCAUCAGCAAGCUGAUGAUGGAGUACAAACGCAGGAAACAGCAGCAGCAGCAGCAGCAGCAGAGCCACGUCAACCUGUUCAUGAAGGAGCAGGGCCGGGCGACGGCAGCAGGAGGAGGAGGAGGCAUGGAGGAGAGGAGGGGCCCCGUGGAGCCACAAAGGCCCCCGCAGAGGCCUCAGCAUCUGGUGGACCAGCAGUGUCCCCCCUUGAGGCACUCUGUCAGUGCGGGACCAGAGAUUCUGAGGCAGGAGAAGAGACCACGGUCAGGAUCCACCAUCAGCUCCCACAGCAUCUCGCUGAGGGACUCUGAGGCUCAGAUACAGGCAUGGACCAACAUGGUCCUGACUCUCCUCAAUCAGGUCCUCCUCCUGUCAGAUUCCUCGUUCCUGGCCCUCCAGCCGGCACUCUACCCCUGCCUCAGCCAGCUCUCCUGCCACGUGACCGACGCCCGGGUCCGCCAGGCGCUGCGCGAGUGGCUGGGCCGCGUCGGCAGACUCUAUGACAUCAUCGUGUGACAUUGCAAGCGAAGAAAUGUGAUAGCGCCGGACAAGGAGCGCAGUCUGUCAGUCAGUGAAGGACGUAAACAGGUGAAAGGUUGUUUAGAUUGGGUUGAUUUCAUCGUGUGACGGCGCCGCUGUGCGGGAGAUUCAUAAAGGGUAGAUUGGCUGACACUACGAUGCAAAGGCACACUGUGACAUCAUUAUGUCACAUGGAAUGAGCUCGACUUAUUGAUGAGAAAACUGAUGUCAACAUAUAUUUGUAUACGCACUUUUAAUAAGCAUUGGGGAACAUAAUUGACAUUAAAGGAGCUGUAUGUGACAUUCAGAACAUUAAUAAAGCAGCAAACCAGUAUUUGUCAUGCACAGAUACAGCUGAGUAAUAGCGUCCUGACCAGAGAAUGAAGUCACCCAAGCUUCUCUGUUUGCUGCUGUGGUAGACGGUCCGGCCGUGACUGCAUGUUAGUGCAUGUGAGUCCCACUGGCUAGCUAAUCGCUGCCGCUCUGCACCGUACUCGUGCGACACUGAUAUAAGGACGUUGUCACAGUAGCUUAGCGCCAGCCUUCUGGCUCCCACCUGUUUAUGGAGUUAGCACCGUUUGCUGCUAGCCACCUGCUACACCACCUCCAUGUUGAGAACUGUGUAGAAACAAUCCCGCCCAAGAUUCUGAAUCAUAGAUAUGCUCUGAAUGUCGCAUACAGCUCGGGAUUUGAUUGGCCGAUUAAAGAUGCAGUAAGAAGAAUGACGGAUUUAACUGGUUAAUGAAGGAUUCUUUGUGUUUAACGGACAUUAUUCUGAAAAGUGAAUGUGCCAGUGCUGCCUCUAGUUUAAGUUGUUCAUUUACACACACACACACACACACACUGUGUCAAAGAUUUUAGAUAUGAUUUGCUUAUCAGUUUUAACUGAUUUGCAGAAUUGCUCACUAUUUUGUUGCAGUAUUGUAUUAUCGUCACAUUAAGCAUCCACUACAGUGAUAAAUAAUGACAGUGAAUUAUUGCUUCAUCCUUCAGUGGAUGCAAACAUAAAUGUGCACAUAAAUGAUGCUUAUUGUAGUUCACUUGCAUACUUUUCCUUUGACCGCAUCGGCACUUACUAAAGGGAGUCUUCUCGUAAAGAAACCACUAUGUUUACACUCAGAGCAUUAUGAAGUUUCUUAUCACACUACUGUCAACAAUGGUUCAUGAGUUCAGUAACAUGAAAUGAGAUCCUUCAGUUUGAUGUUUCAGCUGUUAAACAUCUGCAUGCUUUACGGCUUCCAUACACUAAACAAUUGCAUCGCUGCCUUCUGCAGUCAGCAGGAAUGUGUAUUAUGUCACCUUUGUGCAUGUGUGCAUACGUACAAGUGCUACUCGAGCAUGACAUUCAAACAAAACAGAGACUCUCUCAUUGAAAACAUCGCUCAAUACCACCACUAGUGGUCAAAACCUCUACGGGGUACCUCUAAGGAUUUUCUUCUGACAACAUGGGGCCAUUGUUACUACUGGUUAUGAGAAUAAUGGUGAAUACUGUGGGUGACCUACCAAGUCACUUUCUUAGCUGAGCACAUAUAGGGGGACGUAUACUAUGUCUCAGUCUUGCCUCAGCUCAUCUAUGAGAAAUGUUGUGUAUGAACACCACAGUGACAGAUCACUAGCAUAAACCAGCUGAAACGAGGUCGACGUGUUUAAAGUUGAAAAUGCAAACUUAAAGGUUUACUAUGCAGGAAUUGCCGGUUACUGAUUGUAAACAGUAUUGCCAGUGAAAGUAAAAGCCAACCAGCAGAGUCAUUUUAGUUUGCUAUAUUUGUGUUUUUCUGCGCUGUGUCUGCAAUUUUUGUAGCUUCCUCUUGGAUGCAUGCUGCUUACAGUUUGGUUACUACCUUUUUGUAAAGUCUCAACCUCCAUACAGGCAGAGGGCAGGGUCUCUUAAAUAAAUACAUCACCACAAACUCAGUAGGUCAUACUGGUAGUGAUGAUUGAGAGAUUUUUGUAUGAGUCCAUACAUUGUGUUCUAGGAAAAUCCUGCAUAAUAUAGCCUGCCUUUAAAAUGUUAUUUUAUGUAUUUUUUUAGUUUAUUUUCUCAUAAUCAGAGAAUGUGCUGCCAUUACAUCUGCUGGCGACAUGUUUCACAGUCAGUCUGUUUGUAUGUUUGUUUGCUGCUGCCAUGCAUUUCCUAUAUCCAGCUUUGAAUACCGUGCACUCAUUCACCUUCAACUAAAUAUUAAACCUCCUAGAAUGAGUCUUAACCAGAGUGGAACAAUCAAGUAUUCAUUUCAACCACAUAUCACAUACAGAAUAUGUAUUUUAAUGUUGAAUGCCAGUGCUAUAUUACAUUUUAUUUUUGCUGUUUAUGUGUAUUUAUAUCAUUUAUUGUUUCAAAUAUUUAAUGUGUCAUAUUGAGCAUUUUCUGUUUUUUGAGUUCAUAUUUCACCUGUUGAUGCAAUAUGUGCUUAUACUAACUAACUGACAUGAGCAAGGCUGCUGGUGUUAGAUAUGUGUCUGGCUUUAGGUGUGUUAGUAUUCACAAGGUUUUACAUCAAAGCCACGUCUAGCAACUACUGUAAUAAUGUCACUGUUCUUAAGACCGGCGCGUUAAGUUGAAGCACUUAAAACUCAGUAAACCUCAAGAAAUGCAUCAUGUGUUCACAACAUCAUAAUCCAUAUGCCGUCCUCAGUCACUUAAUAUCCUCCUUCAUUUGUAAGACAGUCAAAAGACGGCCAAAUACAGGGUUACACACAAGUAACACACAGUUAACAGUUUAAACAGUUUCUCUUCUUUUGGUCAAAAUCAAAAGUAAGAAUGCCCAUUUAAAUUUCUCAAAGCCCCAAACCAUGUCUAUAGAUGUCUUCUUUUGUUCGACCAGUAGUCCAGAACACAAAUAUAUUCAAUGUACAAUGAGACAGAGACAAUUAAUGAGUUAACAAAUACUGCUGGUUUGGCUUAUUUAAGACAAGCAGAUCUCCGACAUUUACUGUGCACGGUCUUGCUCCACAGAGGAUGAACCACUUUGAUUUCAAUGGCAACUUCCUGUAGCACCACCCUCAGAGUAAACAUCACAUUUUCAACCCGAGUAGCAGUAGUAAUAGCAAAGUCAUCAGUAAGUUGUCCAUUCUGUCCUUUUCUUACUCAGUCAACACUGAGACAAUCAAUCUUUAACUGUCAGCUACCAAUAGGAGUGCAGAUAUUUGCCGUCUCCAAAGAAUAACGUCACUGCUCUCACCUGGAUCACAGUAAUGUUAUUGUGUAUGCUUGGACCACAGAAAACAAACAAGUGCAGAAAAUGUAAAAAAAAAAAAAAAAAAAACCUCAUCAAACAUCACAUGACACAACUCAGCCAAAGAGCUGAGUCUGUACUGACCUCCAUUCAUGCUACUGUGCAUUUUAGGACAGAUUAUUACUGAAUGAAUGAAAGAGGAGCGUGUUGAGAGUGUUGCUAGCUUCAGCAGCCUGGACCAUAUUGAGGGCAGGCGUGCAGGCAGGUCGGGGAGGGAGGGGGGGAGGGGCAUCUGAAGCUCCUAAGAAGAUUUGCUUUUCUUUUUUUCACCCAGUUUAUCAACUUCUGUGAGUUUGUCUCUUCAUCUGCACUCAUUGCUCUCUCCUCAACAGCUUCCUCACUUCCUCUGCUGCUUACUGUCUUAUUUAUUGCUGGCUUUCUUUUUGUGAAUGAAGCUCCGAAGCCACCCAAGUGGCCCCUAAAAACAACCUGAUUCUGGAAAUAUCACCAGAGCACUUAUACCAUUAUAAACCUGUAGGGAGAUAGUGAAAAGAUGUGGGCCAGUUGAGGCCAGCAUGAUGACAAAGUGUGUCUACUUGAUGGCAGAGGAUAGGACGUCACAUAGUGUACACACUGUAGCAUCUCUGACAUCAGCCACAGGUUCCUGGAGAGACCUUCUGAGGCGAGAGUUUCAGUUUACACCUCACCGCUGUCGUUAUAAGAGCCUUAAAAUCUUAAUGUGGGCAAUGUAGCAAUCACCAUGACUGACUGUAACAGACUGAAGCAUCUGUCAAUCACGAAAAUGCCCCAAGUACACAUGUAUUUGAGACUGUUUCUUCUUGAUACAGUUUAUUUAAAAAAAAAAACAAAAAAAAAACGUAAAUCAUAACCCCAGUAACUCCUGUUGAGCACUGAGUGACCAUCAUCAUUUAGCUAUGGUUGUUGAUGCUUGCGAUCAGACAGGUAGGGUCCAACCACCACUAAAGCCAUAGCAAUGCCAGAGAUGUGUACCGAAUAGAACUUGGAAAAGAUUGUUAGCCACAGGGAUGCUAUGACGAACUACACUGGUAGCUAUUAGUUUUCUAUAUUUUGUUUUAUUCAGUCCCAUUCACUACUUGGUGCAUAUUGCAGCAGAUAAUUGGUUGCAUUCAAGUUUUUGUAUUAUUGUGUGCAAGUUGGACUCAACCUGUAUCCACAGGACUGGACACUGUCUCUGCUGUCUUCAGCCGGUCUGCUCUUCAAUGUGGGAAGAUAUAGUUUUAUUUUAUGGGGAAAAAACAUUGCAAGGCAGAGUUUGAAAUUGUUAGACAGUCACAGUGUGACUCAACAGUCUCUUUCUAGCAUUUCUCUUAAGUGCACUAUGUCCCUGUGUGACUGUUUUUAGUCUAGAGGGCAGCAUUACUUGAUUUUCUCUAUUGAGCCAAAUUUUACAAUUGCAAUGACAAAACAUUUAACUACAACAUGAUUUUACUUGUAUUUCCUUUCCCCCUGAACCUACAGACUUGCUGCCACACUAUAAAGUAGAUACUCUCUAAAAAUAACUGGGGAUGAAGAAACUUGCCCCAAUUCCUACUUCGAAAUCUUUAAUUCACUUUUGCUCUCAGAAAGUAGUCAUUUCCGACUGUCCAGUAAAUGACAAACAGCAUUAGUAUGUCUCGCCUCUCUGUCCUGUCCUGUCUCUGUUGUCCCUCAGCCCCUCCCAGUGUCCCUGACCCGUCCCCAUUUGUCCUUAUUCCCCGCUGUUUGAGGGUGAGCAGCGAGUGGACAGAUGUUGUCGGCCGUCAGUGUGAUCAGCAGCGGUGAAGGGAAGGAUUUAGUUGGUGUUAAGUCCAUGCCAGCAUUUCCAUCUAAAAAAAGCAGUCGACUAAUGUGUCGGUGUCAUGCAACAACAGUUUGUGUUGAUUUCGCCUGGUUUUCAACCGGUCUUUUACUCUGAUUGUCUUGCUCUUAGUCUCUUGUGUGUUGUUUGUUUCUCAUGUUAAAGAUGAGAUAACGGUUUUGUCUCCACAUCUGAGUUUUACUGCUAACGUGCGUAGUGUAUAUAGCGCAGAGAUUAAGAUAAGAUUGCAUCGUGAAUGUGUAUGUUGUGGCAUGCUGAUCAACACAAGCACAAACUUCAUUGCACUCUUAAGCAGAUUUGAUGCACUUGGGUAUAGUUCAGUACCGAAGAGAUGCUCCAAAUCCAUCCAUCGUCAUGUGUUCCAUCACCAGAAAGAUUUUACAGCAAAGUCUUUGCACGAGUAUAAGCUCUUAUUGUUUUCUGAUUCAGUCCUUCUUCUGUCUUUGUGCUGGGAAGCUGUAAUCGCAUUUCUACUGAUAAUUUACAGUAAAAUCAUCUAGAGUGUUACUGUCUUAUUGUGCAGUCGAGGGAUUAUUGGGGCUCUGAGCAGAUUGAACAGUGUGACCUAGUAUACUUGCGUUGCUCAGAGCUCAGACAGAUUGCUAGUGUAUCUUAGAAAAGACGAACUUACUGAAAAAAAAAAGAGUAAAAGAGUAGUUACGGGUUUUGCACAAAUCACUCAACUAGCUUUUGGGAACUCAGUAGGUGGAUAAGUGAUUGGGUGACUGGUCUGAUAGUUGCAGGGAGGCUGAGCAUCUGUCUGAUCGCCUGAGAGCGUAGGAGUGAACGCAAAGCAGCUUUGACUAUGUUGUCCUGUCGUCUGACACUGACGGAGAAAGUAUAUAGUACGUGACCCAGACAUUUGACACAGUUUCUAAAAUAGAGGCUCACACGUCUGAGGCCGUCACGGGAACAUAUAGAUCCAGAGAAAGAAGAGGUACUACAGAAAAUUAUCUUUGUUUUGACUUCACAGUCAAAUUAUUAGAAAUAUUUAGGGAUGCACCAAUAAUGAAAUUCUGGGCCAAUACCACUGUUUUUUUUGUUGUUGUUGUUGUUUAUUUUGACUUUCUUGUUUCUCAUUCUCCCUUUUGUGCAAGGGAAAAAUACAUUUUUAAUUUUAAAAACAUAACUGUCUUAAAGUCAGUCAGUUCUUCGUUACACUACCUUUGAAUGAGCACCAAUUCAAGCAUACACACUUAUGAAUCAACCUUAAUAUAACCUUCUCUUACAUGAAAAAGGUUAAACAAAAUCAGCUUCAAAAGCCUUUGCUCUUCAUAACUGUAUUAUUCAAUUUUCUCUCCAAAAACUAUAUUUCAAACAGGAACACUUUAGUCAAACAAAACUGUAUUUCCAUUUGCAGUGUUAUAUUUGGCGGUAUGGCUCUGUACUGGGGCCCCUUUGCCUGUCCUCAGGCCUAUGCAGAAAGCCUAAGGCAGAGAGAGCACACCUCUCUGCCCUUUCGCAUGCCUACAUAAAAAGCCGCUGGGAACAGAACAGAGCAAAUGUCAAUGACAAACAGAAAUGACAUUGAUAAGUCAGACAACAUGAAAAGGAGGAGCUGGGAUGGAGGCUGGUUGCAAAGUAGCUUGCAGUGGAAGCAGCAACAGUAGGCAGGCCAGAGCAGUUUAGAUUACAUUUGAACACAUCGUGAGAGCAUUCUAAUUUACGUAUUACCCAAUUCUCAUUUUUACCGACGAGAGCUUGAAUGCAUCAUAAUGUAUCAGUGCAGUCUCUGUCGACAGCUGCUAACAGCUAACGCUAACUAGCGCUCCUCCUGCUGACGGAUUUUUUGUUCACAGUGAAGCAUUAUCAAAGAAACAAUAGGGUGCGUCCCCUGAUAUGUCAGUGGUGAGUUUACCGCAUCCUUUCGUUCUGAAGUCGUCCUGAGGAGAUCUCUGUUCAUCCUAAACACGUUUUCUAUAUUUCCCAGAUGACGGCCCUGCUUUUCAGCCUGAGUGAAAUUGAUGUGACCCAACAGAUAAACAUCAGCUUCUGCCAGGGGCAAAUGCCAUCGUAGUUGCUGAUAGGUUGAUGGUAAUCAGCAAGGCGAAUAUUUGCCUAAUACUAAAUUGGUGCAUUCCUAGAAAAGUUGCAGUGUGGGAGUCAGUGGUUUUGGAGUUCGGCAUUUACCAAGGACUGAAAGUCAGGAUAUGUCGGCCUGUGGUGUUUUGAUUUUGACCAGUGUUUUUGACGUAUGUCUCAGUCCUCCAGUUUUAUAGCCUGAUAAGACCAUCCUGAUGAUGUGAGCUCAAUAUUCUGUUUCGCUCUCUGUAUCAGUCUGGACUUGGUGCCACCCCAAACACUUUCUGGAAAUUAAAAUCCAAUUGGGGCCAAUCACAGAUCUUUAAACAUGCAAGUAUGCACUUGUGGAGUUCCUCAGAGGAAAAGACAUUUUUUGCCAUUCUUCCAACUGGAUUUGGCAAAAGCUUGAUUUAUCAACUGGCUCCAUUGUGGAUGAAGAUGUUCCCCGGCUGAUUGGCUAAAGGAGUUUGUCAAGGCGAGUCAUCCCACCCACUCAAAGUGUUUGGGGCGGCAUUGAGUCCAGACUGAUGCAGAGAACAAAACAGAACAUUGAGCUCAUGUCAUCAGGAUGGUUUUACCAGGCAACCAGCUUUAUGGAAGUCAUACCAAAUCACUGAUGUACCCCUUUAAAGUGAACUUAAACAUGCAGUAAAUAAACACAUAAAUAGCAUUAAUAAAAUGUGUAUUACUGAAGAGAGAUGCAUACAGUUUAAUUUAUAACGGUACUCCAGAGCCAUACUGGUCCAUAAGUCUCUACUUAAACUAAGUGUACUUGUCAGCCUAGAAAUCAUAGUACUAGAUUUAUGUUUCCACAUUGCCACAUUCCCUUCUGUUCUCAACUCUUUUUUUUUUAACCUGCAUUUUAGUUUUAACUUUAUUAACCAGAAAAACUGGAUCUUGAGCUCUGUUUGCUGCAAUUUACAUUAAAACACUGACAGUGACAUGUAAUGACUUUUCUUCACACCUAAGCCAAGGUGCAUGCGGUGUGUGAGGUGUGGUGUGGUGACCAUACCUGUGGCACAGAA